AGCCUGGCUCGAGGCCCCCUUUGGUCGAAGCUCGGUCUGCCCACCGCCCGCGGCCCGCGCGCCCUCCGCGCUCCCUGCUCGAAGCCCGCCUGCGGCAUGGCGCCCCGGCCGCGCGCCGUCGCCAUCGCAGCGCGCUGCGCGCUCCUGGCGGCGCUCCGCGCCGAGCUGUGCGCGACCUCGGCGGGCGCGCGGUUCUUGGAGCCCCGCGCGGCGGGCGGCGGCGUGGGCUCGGCGUGCAGCGCUCACCCGCUGUGUGCCCACCUGGCGGGCGACUGCUGCCCCACCGCCGCGGGCCUGACGCUCGGCUGCUGCGAGGACACGCCGCCCGGCCCGUCUCCCACCGCCGGGCCCGUGCCGCCAGUCUCGACGCCGAUCUCCACGGCGCCCCCCUCGCCGCACAGUCCGUCUCCCACCGCCGGUCCCGAAGACGAAGAAUUCGACGUGGUGAUCGUCGGGGCUGGCCUGGUGGGCUCCGUGGUCGUCGCGAAGAUGGCGGAUGCAUUGCCACGGGACUUCCGCAUCCUUGUCCUGGAGGCCGGCAAGGCCUCGCACUUCUCCCUGGGCGGCACCGAAGCACCGGCGAGCGUGGGAGCCGAUGGCCAGUGGCAGGUGUGGACGCCCGGCCUGGAGAAUGUGACUCGCUACGACGUGCCUGGAAAUUACCCAGUGCAGCAGUGCUGGAGCGGAGACUGCGAGCAGGCGUGGCAGGAUGUCCCAGGCUUCCAGUGCAAGAUCUUGGGCGGCUGCGGGGUCAUGAAUGGAGCACUGACGCAGGUGCCCCAGAGUGGGUGCUUCGCCUCGUGGCCCUCCGGCUGGCAGUGGGCCGACCUGGAGCCCUACCUGACGGCCGCCGAGGAACUGUUCCACGUGACCCAGACGCCCAGUGCAGACGGCAAGCACUACCUGGACGACGCGGGAGCCAGUCUCGUGAAAGGCGCGCUCGCUGGCCACUUCAGCGAGGUCACCCCGCGCCAGCCGCAGAGCUGGACGAUGGGCGUGCCCCUUGUCACUGCAGGCGAAGGGUUCCGGCAGUCGACCGCCUCCGUGCUCUUGCCUGCGGCGCUCGCACGGCCGAACGUCAGCCUUCGGCUGGAGAGCCUCGUGUCGGCGAUCGAGCACGACGGGGCCGGCAGCGCGACGGGCGUGAGGUACACCCGUGGCGGCCGAAGCCAGGUGGCGCGGUUGUCGCAGCGGGGCAGGCUGGUGCUCUCCGGCGGGGCCCUCAACACCCCGAGGUUGCUGCUGGCCAGCGGCGUGGCUCCCGGCAACGGCGCCGUCGGCCGCGGCGUCUCGGAUCACGCUUACGCAGCCCAGAGGUACAAGCUGCCGGCCGGCUCGACGGUGAGCGUGUUUCCCUACUCCCCGCCGACCGCGGCCGCCAUCCAGGAGUAUGCGGCGAACAGGUCUGGCGGCCUGGCGCAGUACGGGCCCCUGCUGGCCGCAUUCUGGCGCAGCCCCGACACGGCGGGCAGCGCGGAAGACUGGGACGUCGAGAUGUGGGUGCAGCCGAGCGACCAGCCGUCGGAGGUCACGCUGUCGUUCUCACUGAUGCGCCCCACCUGCUCCAGCGCCGACGUCGUGCUGGCGGAGGGCAACGCUGCGACCUUUGAAAACGACCACCUCUACCUGGCAUGCAAGCAGGACCAGGACACCAUGCGCCAGGCGCAGCUUGCGUUCCAGGGGUGGAUGCGCGAGAUGGGCGCGCUGCCACAGGGGGCGGCGGAAGGACCCUACAGCAUGAACCAUUGGGUAGGAAGUUGCGCGCUCGGAAGCUGCGUGGACCCCGCCACGCUGAUCGUCAGGGAGAGCACCAACAUCGCCGUCGCAGACGCGUCCAUUGUCCCGCAGCAGGUGUGGGGCCACCCGGCCCUGACCCUGCAGGCGGUGGCGCUCAGGGCAGCCGAGAUAGUGUCGGAAGGUGUGCGCUCGGGCGGCCGCUGAACUGGGUCCGAGUCCUUCUUUGCCUCGCUUGGCAAGGCGCGGCCAGAGCUACCGCGGUCAGCCUGCUUGUUCGUGCGAGCUUUGGCGUCCGCUGUGAGGCUGCGCGGGCGCGCAUUUGGAAAACUCGUACGCGCAUCGCACAGGACGACCGUGAGCGACAAGCACAGGAUAUCGAUCGAGCCAGCCAGGACUUGUGCCCACAUCGUGCAGCGCCACCGCCAAGCCCAGCGUCGGGCCUCCCCCCCGGGACGAUACAGGCGCAGUCUCCAGGGCCCAGUCUCUGUGAGGCAGCGUGUCCUGGGUCUCCCGUUGUUUUAGCAACGCGGACCAGUCAGAGCGGAGACGACAGCAGUUUUGCCGAUCCCGUGUGUACAGUAUAGUGAUCGAAGACGCUUGCGGCGAAUCACCACCGCCUCUUCCUUUUGGGAAUUGCCUAUGUGACCCAUCACUGGGCCGAAGUCUCGCCAAGAUCAUUGCGCUACGUGCUCCUGCCCGGCAGGCACGAGCCGAAAAUCUCGGCAUUCCCCCCCGCAGCGCAGGGGCCCACCAGCGGGCCCCAACUCAAAUUUCGGCGCUUCCGCCAGCGCGGGGCGCCUCACACACAGACAU